AUGAGUCCAGCAACGUCGUAUACGCUGCGCCCUUUGGAACGGAAUCCGCCGAACAUUCCCAGCAAUGCACUCGAUAGCGGUGCCUUCCGCGUGCAGCUUUCGCAGAAAGAGCUAAAAAGUCUGGGACUCACAAUCGGCGACUGUGUUCGGCUCAGCACAGAGACUGCAUUCAAAGGCUACGGUGUCGCAUGGCUGGCCCCUCAGACCAAUCCUGGAAACAAGCCGAUUGCCAGAGUAUCCGAUCUACUAAGAGAGCACUAUGAGCUUUCACUGAAUGAUGCUGUCUUCAUUGAAAAGGUGGAUUCCUGGAAGCCACUCAAGUCGAUAGAAGUCAGCUUCUCGGAUAUUGCCAACCAGACCGUCAAAUUUGCCUCGACGGAGCAACUCUUGUACUGGCUACGUUAUUCUUUAGCAGGCGACUCGGACAUUAUACUUCCUGGGUGCAGCUUUCCGGUUCAGCAGAAAAGCUUCAAGCAGAAAGGCCAGAAAUUGCGUGUCACUGUACAGAGCAUCGACCCGCUGCCUUCCGAAAAAUAUGCCGUAUACUUUGAUGAAGUUACGACACAAAUCACUACCAUCGGCCAUGUUGCUACUCAGGAGCCUACGGAGACUGCUUCAGGCGUGUUCCGAUUGAAGUCUGACGGGAUAGGUGGCCUAUCCGAGCACAUCACUACCAUCAACCAAGAACUUGCUUUCCUCUCUGACAGCCUACCUCAUUUGCGCAAUCGCCACCUUCUUGGGACCGCUGCUUUUCUUUUACAUGGUCCAGAGGGGACAGGCAAAAGCCUGCUUCUAGACCGACUAGCGGAUUGCCCUUGGCAGGAGGUCUACAGAAUCAACCCUGUAACACAUCCCAAAGGUCAAGCUAAAGCCAUUUCAGACAUCUUUAACGAUGCACGCGAAAACCAGCCAAGCCUGAUCAUCAUGGAUAAUUUGGAUAGACUUUUGGACAAGGCAGAGUCGCUGGUCAAUACGCUACGGAUAGAGCUAGCCACACUAGAGGGGGCCCAGGUGGUUGUCGCGGCAGCAGCACGGAGCAUUUACGACGUGGACUCCAGUCUUCGAACAGCAGCAGCAUUCAUGAUUGAGCUAGAGUUACUGCCGCCUAACGCAAAGCAGAGAGAAGAUAUAGUGCGCCAGGUAUUAGGACCGACGUGCAAUACUGCAGAUGUCGAUUUCACUGCUCUUGCAGAGCGUUCGCAUGGCUUCGUGGGUCGCGACAUUGCUAGUCUAUGCCGUUUUGCGAGGAGACGACGUGUGAUGCGAAGCAAGAAUCCUAUCCAAGAUGGCAAGAGUGCCAGGGUCAAUGAAGUGGACGAACAGACCGAGUUCAUUGAGCAGGCCGAUUUCGACGCUGUCAUGGAAUGCGUGCGCCCGACCGUGCUCAAAGACAGCAUCCUUGAAGUUCCGAAGGUCAGAUGGACAGAUAUCGCUGGCCUAGAUCAUGUCCGCGCUGUUCUCGAGGCCAUCACCAUCCGUCCUUUCAAAUACCCUGAUCUGGACGUCAAAUUUGGCGGACCUCAGUCCCGUAAGGGUGUUUUGCUGUACGGACCACCUGGCUGCGCGAAAACGCUAAUCGCGCAAGCGGUUGCGACGGAGAGUAAACAGAACUUCCUCGCAGUAAAAGGGUCGGAACUCAUCAAGAUGUAUGUGGGUGAGUCGGAGAGGGCUAUUCGCGAUGUGUUUCGCAGAGCUCGUGCCGCGAAGCCCUGCAUCAUCUUCUUCGAUGAGAUUGACUCAAUCGGCAAAUCUCGUGAGAAGACGCAAGAUAGUGGGCUGAACGUGGUUACCACCUUACUGAACGAGAUGGACGGCAUUGAGGCCCUAAAAGACGUCUUCAUCAUCGGGGCAACGAACCGGCCCGAUAUUUUAGAUUCGGCGCUCAUACGUACCGGCCGCUUUGAUGCGCACAUGCACAUCGGACUUCCCACCGAGGAAGCGCGGAAGCAGAUUCUACAGAUCCACACCCGGAAGAGACCGCUUGCCCCAGAUGUUGAUCUGGAUGCCGUUGCCAAGAAGACUGAAGGAAGUAGUGGAGCAGACAUCAGCGGGCUGUGUGCCGUUGCCGUCGAACUGGCCAUUACCGAUUACACAGCGGAACCAAACAACGAGCCGCAAGUGCACAUGCGACACUUUGAGCAGGCGCUACAGCAACACGUUCCCCAUACGAUCGCGGCGGAGGCCAAACGAUAUCAAAAUUGGAGGCCUGGCAAGUCGCUUUCCGAAGCCUGAGGCGGGUGACAGCUGGCGUGCAGGCUACCAGGCUCUCGGGUGAGGACUCUCUGCACGUCGAGUUCGUCUCAUGAUUGUACAUGAAUUGUGUACGGCGUAGCAGGUCUUCGUUAGCCCAAGGGGGCAGCAUGAGUCGGCGAAUGGUUUGCGGGCGCAUAAUGACGUGGGAAACGUACUGUAGAGACACAACCGAGUCGACCGGCACUUCAGAGUAUCGAGGUAGACAAAGCAGUCUGUGGGGGUGAUGCGACAGGUAAGAUGCUUGUACUAGGCGGCGGUAUAUCCUCAACAUUAAGCGGUUAGGUGGAUCGUGUGUUGUAUGCUCGACCAAAUGGCAGCCUACCUCACAGCAUGCGCGAGAAUGCCUAAGAGGCAGCAAUGUUAUGCCUUGUUUCAAUGGU